GCACACCUUUCCCCGCCAUCCAUGAGAGAUCGCAAGAAGUAUAGCUGAGGGCUGUUUGAUCUUCCAAGAAAAAGCAGAGCGUAAGCUUAGAAGUACGGAAGUCAGUGGAUCAUGAUGGUUUCAUCACUGAGGUGGAUGCUAUUUCUUUUAAGCUCGAUUGUGUGCACUGCACAGUACAACCUAUGUCCAUCGUCUUCAAUUGAAAACGUUCAAGACGCAUUUAAUACCACGGACGGUACAACCAACGUACAACUGGGAGUGACUCACAGGAUUCCUUGUCCAUCGUUCCGAUCGCACGAGAGGCAAGAUGGCGUCAUAUGGCACAAGAGUUCAAGUCUUGAUGACACCUCUAUGACAGUUCGUUUGAUCAGUCGCUCUAGAGGUACAGUCUACCCAACCAGCGACAGAUACAUGUUCUCUUCGGAAUCUAGGCUUGUCAUUAAACAUGUGAACGAGGCUGACGAAGGGCGGUACCUCUGCCAAGUUAUCCCGCACUUCACCACGCACAGAGAAGAAGAUAUUUACGUAAACGUUAUUGGAAACAUCUUUCCAGCUGUUAGCAGCGACACAUCCACCACAACCACCCUUAAGCGGGGGCAUAGGCACAGACUGGCAUGUGAGUGCGCCUUGUCAAACUCGCCAUCAUCUGUGGUAUAUUGGUCAACGGGAGAAGGCAUCAGCACUGUUACAAAGGUCAUUGGUGCUCGUUUCUCCGAUGGUACUCAGAUUCAGGCAGAGUAUGGAGCUAAUUACGGCAUCGAUAGUGGCUCUGCACUUGUGUUCAACUCUCUGAGUGAUGAUGGGAGAUUCUGGUGCCACACAUUCUUUUCUGAUGGCACAACGGCCAACUGCUACACUGACGUUCAAAUAAAAGACGAAAGCGAGAUCGGCUUUGCUCUACAGGCAUCCCGAUCAUCAUUCUACCUUCUAAAGAACACAAGGCAAGUACUUCCGUGUACAAGCUGGACAUCUUCCCAAAAAACCUGUGAAGUAUCGUGGAUGAAAGAUGAUGGUACGUCAGGCAGUCAUCUCCUCUCAUACACUCUGUGGAAUAAUCACGUCGAGUUCGACGGUGGCUUCGAUCUUGUGAACGACUUUGCUUUAUCAAUAGAAUCGGUAAAUGAUGACCACACAGGAACUUACAGAUGCUCCCUGGGACCCGGAACUAAACAUGACAGUAUCAAGGUUUCUGUUAUAGGAGAAAUGUUUCCCCUUUAUGAUGGAAUCAAUGCCAUACAUGACACUGCAACGUAUGAACAGGACGUAGAAAUUCCCUGCCUUGCACUAACAAAUGACAAUAACAGGGCAAAAGCCACCUUAAUAUGGUCUCAUGGUGCACCUGAAGAUAAGGAAACCGAGGUCAUUGGCAUCGUUAAUCUUCCAAACGGUUCGACUGUGGUGUCGAGGAAUAACAGUUGCUACAACAUAUCUCAAGAUAGAUCUCUCCGUCUGAGAAAUUGUCGUCAAGAUGGUAAUGCAAGAUACUGGUGUCACGUCUUCAGCUACGACGAAAUGCUAACCAAGUCCUUUGUUGAUAUCAUCAUGCAGAAGGAAUUGAUCGGCAGUGGUUACAACACACCUACAUCAUCUUCUGAUGGACCAAAUGCAACAACGCUCAUUAUUAUAGUGUCAAUAAUAACUGGUGCCGGUGUAUUUGUACACUAAAACAACACAAAAACAUAUUUUUUGAAAUGCUAAUCUAUUUGCUGUGAUGACUCGUUGAGAUUUUAAGACAGAUGUUGCUGUGAGACUUUUUUAGUACUGAUCAGAUUUACUAAUCAAGUUUGUGAAAAAAGUUUCGAAAGACAAAUUAAAAUGCAAGUGACAAAUUGGAUGACAAAUUUAUUGCUAGAACACCAAUUGCAUGUGAUAAGUCCGAAGUUCUUUUAAGCUAAAUGAUUCGACUCCCGCCGUCUGAUGUCCGAAAUUAACAAAGAAAUGUGCCCCGCCGAAUGACACAAGUACGAUCUAUGGAUGACUUUUGUUCUGAUUACAACAUGAAACGAAAAACAAAUAAUAAUUUGUACGGCUGCAAAAUGAGAAGCUACUACAGAUACACCGUUCCCGGUGGGACCGUGGGUGCAGUUUGUACAAUAGCCAACAACGUCUGCGAAACAUUUUAGCGCUGAUGCGGUACUGUGCCGAAUGUGCAGUAUGCAUGUAUUUACCUAUACCCACUAGUACAGUACCGAUAGGCAGCCUGCUGAGUGAGCACAAAUUGGUCUGAUUGAAGUUGGUGUAAAGAUACAAUUUAACCGUUUACCUUUUUCAACCUCCGCAUUAUUUUGUCUUGAUUGAAUAUAGUUUACUGUACAUUACACCCGGUGUCAAGAUAAAUAA